AUGGCUUCUCCGGACCCCAAGCGCGUCCCGAUCCCCAAGAAUGGCGUCGAUUACCGCGGCAAAGUCGUCCUUGCGCCCAUGGUGCGCUCCGGCGAAUUGCCAUCGCGGCUACUCGCGCUGAAGUACGGUGCAGAUCUGGUAUGGGGCCCAGAAACCAUCGAUCGCGCCCUCAUAGGCACUACUCGCCACCUCAACCCGCACACCCAAACUAUCGAAUUUACCCGCCUUCCCACGUCGAAGCUGAAGAAUCCCACGCUCGAUCCCGAUAUGCGCGAAAGCGUCAUCUAUCGCAUACACCCCGAGCUGGAGAAGGGCAAACUGAUCUACCAAAUCGGAAGCGCAAACCCCGAGCUAGCCGUACAGGCCGCAAAGUUAGUUGCGCCAGAUGUCGCUGGAAUAGACCUAAACUCUGGAUGUCCCAAGCCAUUCUCUACAUCUGGUGGUAUGGGUGCCGCGCUGCUCAAGACGCCGGAUCUUCUCUGCAACAUCCUCACGAGCUUGGUGGAAGAGGUGGGCAAGCCGUUUGAGAUUGGAAUCAGUGUGAAGAUACGGAUCUUGGACAAGCCAGAGGAGACGGAAGCGCUGGUGAGGAGACUGGUGAAGACGGGCAUCACAGGCUUGACAGUGCACUGCCGGACGACACCUAUGCGGCCCAGGGAGCGGGCCAUCAGGGACCAGCUGAAGAUGGUUGGAGAGGUGUGCAGAGAAGCGGGCGUCGCGUGUCUCAUGAACGGCGACGUGACUUCCAGAACUGAAGCACUCAAGCUCGCCGAAGAGUUUGGUGUCGACGGCGCGAUGAUCGCGACCGAAGCGGAGAAGAACCCGAGCUGCUUCCGGCCAGACAGCCAAGGGGGACCGCACGAGUGGCGCUCGCAGUGGAAGACGGUCGUCACAGAGUACAUGCGGUUCGCGCUACAGGUCGAGAACCGCUGGGGCAACACAAAGUACCUGCUCGGUCAGAUGAUCCCCGGCAAGGACAAGUGCUACGCGGCGAUGAAUCGGGCGAAAUGCUAUGCAGAUGUUAUACAGGCUCUAGGUCUGCAGGAUGUAGAUGAUCUGCUAGAGCAGGCGAAGACUGUUGACGUACAUCUGGGCAUACCGCCGAAGGAGUCCCAGGCUUCGAAACGAGCGAGGGUGAGAGAGGCGGAGAAGGCCAAGAAGCAGGAACAGCAGCCGAAAGAGAAGAGGAGAACAGACGCAGAGGACGAUCAAGCAGCGAAAAGGGUCAAACUACCCGAAGCGCCAGCCGAGAUUUCCGUUCUGCCACAGGAGACCUCUGCUCCUGCAGCUUUGAGCGUAUAA